AGUCGCAGUAAAUGAGCUUUUUAUUGAGUGUGAAGUGAAGAAGAACCUGAUUCUCUGUAACAUCCCCCAAACAAAAAGGAACCGCUUUCACUUUUCUAUUUUCCUUCACGCUUUUUUCCUACAAAAUUUUCAUUCCUCGUCUCACCAUCGUUAACCAGAAUAAAAAACACCAAGCUCUCAUGAUCUUCAAAAUUUAUGUUUCAGUUUUCAAUUUUUUCCCUCGUGUAAAAACCCGAAAUUCACUGGUUUUGCGCAUGCGUGUGGAAGAUAAUCUUUUGCCCAUCGGUUCUGCAUUUUAAAGCAUUUGUUCUUGGUAUUCAAUCAGAUUCACAUCCCUUUGUACUGAGGCGAAAUUACGAAAACGAACCUUCGGUUCUUGUUUCAAUUUUUGCGGUGCUAAAGUCCAAAAGAGGCUUUUUCUUAGCUUUGAUGGUUUCAUUUGACAGUGAAUUUUACAGAGGUGAAGAGUGUGAAAUGGGUUCUGUGGGAUUUAAUGGUGAAGUUGAAUCCCAGCCUAGUGCAAGCAAUUACACGAAAUACAAUUUGCCAAAAACACUUCUUGUUGGCUGUGAUGGAGAUAGCCAUGCCUUGGUACCUAGGAAGCUUCGGUCGGCCAUAAAAAAGCGGGCCCGCAAAACGGCUACAUCGCCAUUGUCAAUUUCGAAGAAAAGGCGUGUGUCUAAUAAAGAUGACUGUCUCAAAAAAUAUGGCAGAAAGAAAUCCAAGCCGAAAAGGGCGCACAUUACAAAGGAUGAAGAAGAAGUAGCUGAAACCUUGUAUGCUUUGGCCACUAUGUUCUCUCAUCCAAAUAAAGCUAAUAAGCCAGCUAGCUCAAAACUGUUGAAUAAUAGCCAAGAAGAAACUGGGGUAUCGGCAAACGCAGUUGAAGAUACUAGGAUAUGGCCACAGAGAGAGGAGUCUGAAAAAACCAGCUCAAAAGUCACUCGUGAAGUCACUUGUUGUUCACCGAAUAUUUCGCGUUCAGAAGGAAAACUUGUGAAAUUACAAUCUUGCAAUGGUGUUAAAAAAUCUGACAGGCCAAGAGUAUCAAGUGAACAAUUAAUUGACCAAGAACAGGUUACAGCUUCUGGAGAUCGAUAUGGAAAGAAAUAUAAUCCCAUGUGUUACAAAUAUAACAGUUCGAAAAACUUAGGUUCAUCUCAGUCUCCAACAGAAAUGCAGAGUUGUGACACACCUGGUUCUUCAUUAAGAAGCCCCGUCUGGGUUGAGAACACUAAUGCCACCUCUCAGCCACUUUUAAUUGAAAACAGCAUUACUAAUGAAAAGUGUACUCAAAUUGCAGUUCAAUCUGAGAAUUCAUGGAAAAGAUCCUCUACACAUGUCUACAUAAGCCGUCUGAUUAAAGUCUGGCAAAUACCGAAGAAUAAAGAAGAGUCAUCCAAGAAGUCCCCAGCCAAAAUCGAGCAAGAUAUUUUUUUAAAUAAGAGGAUUAUCCAAGAUGAGCAGCUGGCUCCGGAAGCCUCUGCCUUAUGUUCUGCAAAAGUGGGUUUCUAUGACUUCUUAUCAUUGGGCACCGAAUAUUGCAGUUCACAUACGAGUGCAGACAUAAACCGAGAAGGGCACAGUCACGAGGGUCGUGAACAAUUUCAUUCGGGCCUUCUGCCGUUUUCACUGUCUCCGAAUUCAUCUUCUUUCCAUGGUCAUAAUUCGGCUUUAACACCACAAGAGGUACAACUUCCUGAAUAUCCUAGCAGCAGCACAGUUAACGGCAAUUUCGCAGCCAAAAUGGAGAUGCAGCCACAAAAACAAUGGCUUGCUCAGCAUAAAAGUGGAGUGGGGCCCACGCAAUUGAACGACUGGAAAAACGGAACCGCGGGCCCACCACCAUCCACGGUGAACUGUGCUGAGCGAGCUCUUUUACCUCAUUUGCUGGGCCCAAAGGAUCAGCAGGUUAUGUCGUCUGCUGCUAUCAGCUCAUCUUUGCCUCUUCAAAACAUGAAGAUUGAUAGCCGUUAUCAUCAACAACUACUCCAUAAUCGUCAAAUCCCUUUAGGAUUUUUCGAGAGAAAUCGGGCUGCCUUUUGUUUGGAUAAUGUACAGCAGUUGCAACUUCCAUAUGAGUAAUGGCUGUGGUGGGGUUAUGAAUUUAUAGAAGAAACCAUAAUUUUUUUUUUUUUUUUGUU